CCUGGUACGGCCGAGAGUGGGGAGAGUCCGCUCUCCCUCUCGAAAUGCUCUCACAUGGCCACGCGUAUACAGCCUCUGCCAGGGAAGUCCUACUCAUUGCCUUCUCGUGGCGGGGGUGUUGUUUACGAAAAUGAGAGGACGAAAAGCGAAUGUCCGGCGCUUUAACCGGAUUCCAAAUCAAUGGUGUACAUGAGCUCCAGUAUCCUGCGGGAACAAAUGGCGUAUGAACCAAUCGUUGGUCACCGGCUACCAUGGGACUGCAUCUCCUUACGAUGCUCCACUGCCUUGUGGGUUAGACCUUUAGGUCAAAGGCUCGGGGAGUGGCCCCCUAAGAAAACCACCUGCUUCGGUUUGGGCACCCGGGCAUUAUCACAGCCCACACACAAAUUGAUGAACUUUUUAUGCCUAUGGAAAUUACCUUUCUCGCUUUGAAAAACAAACAAUUGAUUCAGAUUAUUAUCAUUACAAUUAUUGUCAUUAUUAAUACUAUUACUAUUAUUACUACUAUUAUUGUAAUUAUUGUUAUUAUUAUUAUUAUUGUUAUUAUUAUUUUCCACAUUAUUCACCCUCUUUUAUAUUUAUACAGCGGCUCGUCUUUGGUGGAAAUUCGACUGUAUCUAAACGUUCUCGAGUCACUGUCCGGUUGAAAAUUGUAUGUUACCACCGAAUACGAGGACUGAAGCAGUUUUUCUGAAACCACGUGCACCAUUCAAACUGGCUGCCUUCAACGUUCGCACAUUUAUGCAGGUCGGACAACAGAUAGGGCUGGCUAUGUCUUUGGAAAGUCUUAAUAUUGAUGUUUGUUGUCUAUCCGAGACCCGUAUUCAAGACUCUGGUGAAGUACUACAAACUCGAUCUCCAUCUGUCGCUUCGAAAAGCUUGUUUUACGUGCGCUUAUCCGGGGACCCUGUGGCAUCUUCGUCUGGUCUUGCUGGCGUUGGUGUCGCACUAAGCGCUAGAGCUGAGGCAGCACUAGUCGAUUGGAUCCCCAUUAACAGUCGGUUAUGUGCUGUUAGAUUAGAAAGUUCCAUCAAAGUGAGAAGAAAUCGGAGUGAGAAACGAUGUCUUUUCGUCAUCUCCGCCUAUGCCCCGACAGAUUGCAGCCCGGAUGCAAUCAAGGAUGAGUUUUACCACCAGUUAUCAGUUCUUCUCCAGAAAGUGCGUUCGACAGAUAUUGUAGUGCUAGCCGGAGACUUGAAUGCCCAGGUCGGGCGUCUAGGCACAGAAGAGAGUCGUUUAGGUGGCCGAUGGGGACUCGUUGGUCGCAGGUCAGAUAACGGGGACCGUCUACUGCAACUGUGCACAGACCACAACCUGUUUCUGGCUAGCACUAACUUUCGGCACAGUCAUCGCCGAUGUGCCACCUGGCGUCCUCCCUCUGCAUCUCAAGCCUGGACUCAGAUUGAUCACAUCGCGAUCAGCUACCGCUGGCGUGGUUGUGUACAAGACUGCCGCUCCUUUUGGAGUACCUAUCUGGACUCUGACCAUGCCUUGGUCUGCGCCAAUCUUGCCUUACUUUUCAGUGGCCAACGAAGUGACCACCGCCAAAAGAUUGAUGUUAGCAAGCUGGUUGCAACUUCUGUUGCAAGUAAGUAUCGAACCGAGCUAGCCUCUAGGCUAGCUACCACUCCACCGAAAAGUAUAGACGAGCAUUGGUUGCAAUUGCAUGACGCCAUGAAAAUGGCGGGAUCAGUCAGUUGUGGGUUUGCGAAACGUCCCGCUUUUAAGCACUGGGUUUCUCCAGGUUCCUUACAACUCAUUGAAGCCCGUCGGUCUACUCCGGGUGACCGUGAGUUUGACCAUAAACGAAGGAUGUUACGUAAGGAAAUUGGGCAAAGCUUGCGUAAGGACCGAGCAGCCUGGUGGUCGAUGCGUGCUAAUGAGCUGGAAGCAGCAGCUGCAUCUGGUAACUACCGGAAGCUCUUCCAGCUCAUCCGAGCCACUAGCAGCAAGAAGUCUGGUGUGAGUGAAACAAUCUGCGAGGAUGAUGGGAUGCCAAUCACUAACAUCUAUCGACGUCUUGGACGAUGGGCAGAAUUUUUCGAAGGGCAGUUCAACUGGCCUGCUGCUCCGGCAACAUCGGUCAGACUGUCCUGCCCUCCAUGGUCGGUGACGACUGAUCCACCAAAUGAGGAGGAAGUCCGCAAGGAACUCCAACUCUUGAAACGUUACAAAUCACCUGGCCCAGAUGACUUACCUCCGGCUCUUUUUAAAGAUGGUGGUGACUUUUUGACUAAGGAAUUGACGACGUUGUUUACAAAGGUUUGGGAACUAGAGAGUGUACCAACGUCAUGGAAUGAGUCGAUAGUUGUCCCUAUCUUUAAAAAGGGUUCACGUCGUUCCUGUAACAACUAUCGGGGGAUAAGUUUACUUCCGAUUGCGUCCAAGCUAUUGGCUUCCGUCAUUCUUCGUAGGUUGUUCAAAACCCGAGAAAGAUUGACUCGCGAGGAGCAGGCUGGGUUUCGUUCUGGUCGAGGAUGUAUUGAUCAUAUAUUCACCCUCCGCCUAACGUUAGAACACCGCCAUACUUUUCAAAGGCCAACAAUCGUAGUGUUUCUUGACAUCAGGGCUGCCUUCGAUUCGUUGGACAGGACUGUUCUCUGGGAUUGUCUAGUGAAGAAGGGUGUGCCUGAGAAGUUUAUUAACAUCCUAAAAGCCCUAUAUAAAAACACCUCAGGCAGAGUGAGGGCAUACAACCACCUCUCUCCAUUGUUCCAUUCGAGCAGUGGGGUUAGACAGGGUUGCCCAAUCUUACCAUUCCUCUUCAACUUUGCCAUCGAUGACAUUCUGGAAACAGCUCUGAUAGAUGUAAGUAAUGGUGGUGUGGAUCUGUUGCCUGGAGAAAGACUUCUCGACCUUGAGUAUGCGGACGAUAUUGUCUUACUGUGCGAUAAUGCCCAAGGCAUGCAAUCCGCACUUAAUCAGUUGGCAAUCAGUGUCCGUAGGUAUGGUAUGUGCUUUGCACCUUUGAAGUGCAAAGUACUUCUACAAGACUGGCAGGAUUCUAAUCCUGUACUCACCCUGGAUGGUGAGCAGAUAGACGUAGUUGAGAAGUUCGUGUAUCUGGGUAGCUGCAUAAGUGCUGGUGGGGGUGUGAGUGAUGAGAUCAAUGCACGAAUAGUGAAAGCCAGAGCGGCUUGUGCCAUUCUGGGCCACCUUUGGCGCCUUCGUGAUGUUAGUCUGGCUGUAAAAGGUCGGAUCUACAACGCGUCGGUGAGAGCAGUUUUACUCUAUGCUUGUGAAACCUGGUCUCUCCGAGUUGAGGACGUUAGACGACUCUCUGUGUUCGAUCAUCGCUGUCUCCGAAGGAUUGCUGACAUCCAGUGUCAACACCAUGUUAGUAAUGCAGAGGUUCGGCAUUGUGUGUUCGGGCACAGAGACGAUAAUGUAAUUGGUGUCACUAUCUUGAAACACCGACUUCGGUGGCUUGGACAUGUUCUCCGAAUGUCGUCCCAGAGAAUUCCACGUCGUGCAUUAUUUGCCGACUCUGGGACUGGUUGGAAGAAGCGGAGAGGUGGUCAGUGCAUGACAUGGUGUCGUGGUAUGAAAGAAAGCUGCAAAGGACUGGCUUCUGUUGGUCCUUCACGACUCCCUGGUUGGGGUCUGAGAGAUGGUGCUACACAGUGGCUAGAGACGUUAUCAGAUAUGGCUUAGAAUAGAAGCCAGUGGCGAUCCUGCUGUAACCUUCUUUUACUUUCUUCAUAAAAAAGUGGUUGUGUCUCCUUUACCUGAAAGAUUUCUUCUGAUUGUACCUUUUCGUUCCGUCGUUACUACCACACUACCUUACUCCAAUCUCUUCGUCAUUGUUCUCUUUUUCUUUUGCGCUCCUUAGUUUUUUUUUCUACUUCUCUUCGAAUUCUCAUUGUUUUGUGUGGCGCAUAUAUAUUGGCGCUCUCUUGUACCAAUAUUCAUAUGUCCAA